AAUUCCACUUUCAUGUUCCAAUUUACAACCUUAUUAUCUAUAUAAAUUCUUCAUCAGAGAUCUGUCAUAGGAAUAAGUUACAUUUAAAUAAAUAUAUUCAUCAAUUAAUGUCUCAGAACCUCAUCAAGCCACCCCUUUCUUCUUCUUCUUCUUCUUCUUCUUCUUGGACCUGGAGGAGCAGGUCUUCUUUUGCAGCUCCCUCUGAUUCACUCCAGCUUCAGCUUCAGCUUGAGCUUGUACAUGACAGCAACAGCAAUAUAAAGAAGGAGAAGGAGAAGGAGAAGGAGAAGGAGAAAGUAGCUAGCAUGGCAGCAGAGGAGAUGAGCGAUGAAGAGUUGUUCACGGUUCCAGACGUAGAAGCAGCAGCUCCACAAUCUAUUCCCUCUGCAACUACUGCAAUCACUACCACUUCGCAACUGCCUGCCUUUCCCGGGAAACGCCGCAGGGGCCGAAAUCCCGUUGACAAGGAAUACAGACGACUCAAGAGGUUGCUAAGGAACAGAGUUUCUGCUCAACAAGCCCGAGAAAGAAAGAAGGUAUACGUCAAUGAUCUGGAGUCCAGGGCUAAAGAAUUGCAAGAUACUAACUCAAAGCUAGAGGAGAAGAUCUCAACGUUAAUUAAUGAAAACACCAUGCUUCGCAAGGUUCUCCUCAACACAAGGCCUAAAGCUGAUCAAAGUGUGGACCCAAAGCAGGAUCAAUUAAGCAAGAGCUAGCUCAUGACAAUUAGCGAUUUUUAAUCAGGAUAUUUGUUAUAUUAUUUAUAAAUGUUUAGAAGAGACCCUUUCUUAAAUGAUUGCAUUAAUCUCACCGCUUGAAUGUGUCUCUAUAUGUUUGUUAGGUAAAUUACAUGGAACCUUCAUUUGUUUAAAGCCUUUCUUAAUUUGGGAUAUCGAUUGGCAAUUACUCCGA